CUUCAUUCUGACUUGGACAAGGGAGAGGGUACUGUUAAAUACACCCUCUCAGGAGAUGGUGCCGGGACCGUUUUUACCAUUGAUGAAACCACAGGCGACAUUCAUGCAAUAAGGAGCCUGGAUAGAGAAGAAAAACCUUUCUAUACCCUGCGUGCACAGGCUGUAGACAUAGAGACCAGGAAGCCUUUGGAGCCUGAAUCAGAAUUCAUCAUCAAAGUGCAAGAUAUUAAUGACAAUGAGCCAAAGUUUUUGGAUGGACCUUAUGUUGCUAGUGUUCCAGAAAUGUCUCCUGUGGGUGCAUAUGUGCUCCAGGUCAAGGCCACGGAUGCAGAUGACCCGACCUAUGGAAACAGUGCCAGAGUUGUUUACAGCAUUCUUCAGGGACAACCUUAUUUCUCUAUUGAUCCCAAGACAGGCAUUAUUAGAACAGCUUUGCCAAACAUGGAUAGAGAAGUCAAAGAACAAUACCAAGUUCUCAUUCAAGCCAAAGAUAUGGGAGGACAACUAGGAGGACUGGCUGGAACAACAGUAGUCAACAUCACCCUCAGUGACGUCAAUGACAAUCCACCUCGCUUCCCCAAAAGCAUCUUCCAUCUGAAAGUUCCUGAAUCUUCUCCUGUUGGCUCAGCUAUUGGAAGAAUAAGAGCUGUGGAUCCUGAUUUUGGACAAAAUGCGGAAAUUGAGUACAAUAUUGUUCCCGGAGAUGGAGGGAAUUUGUUUGACAUCGUCACAGAUGAGGAUACACAAGAAGGAGUUAUCAAACUGAAAAAGCCUUUAGAUUUUGAAACGAAGAAGGCAUAUACUUUUAAAGUAGAGGCCUCCAACCUUCACCUUGACCACCAGUUUCACUCUGCUGGCCCUUUCAAAGACACUGCUACAGUGAAGAUCAGUGUUCUGGAUGUAGAUGAGCCACCCGUAUUUAGCAAGCCACUUUACACCAUGGAAGUUUAUGAAGACACUCCUGUCGGGACCAUCAUUGGCGCUGUAACUGCACAAGACCUGGAUGUGGGCAGUAGUGCUGUUAGGUACUUCAUAGAUUGGAAGAGUGAUGGGGACAGCUACUUUACAAUAGAUGGAACAGAAGGAACCAUUGCCACUAAUGAAUUACUAGACAGAGAAAGCACUGCACAGUAUAAUUUCUCCAUAAUUGCGAGUAAAGUUAGUAACCCAUUAUUAACCAGCAAAGUCAACAUACUAAUUAAUGUCUUAGAUGUCAAUGAAUUUCCUCCAGAAAUAUCUGUGCCAUAUGAGACAGCCGUCUGUGAAAAUGCAAAACCAGGACAGAUAAUUCAGAUAGUCAGUGCUGCAGAUCGAGAUCUUUCACCUGUUGGGCAGCAGUUCUCCUUUAGAUUAUCCCCUGAGGCUGCCAUCAAACCAAAUUUUACAGUCCGUGACUUCAGAAACUGGAAACAGCAUGCCUUGAUCAAUUUUAACUUUCUUGCAAUGAUAAAUGACUCAUCUGCCUUCUUUUCCCCAAUUGCAAUUUGUCUCCUCUCAGCCAUAGUUGUGCUGUAGGACGCAUUGCGCAGGCAGAGGAAGAAGGACACCCUGAUGACCUCCAAGGAAGACAUAAGAGACAAUGUUAUUCACUAUGACGACGAAGGAGGCGGGGAGGAGGACACGCAGGCCUUCGACAUCGGGGCUCUGAGAAACCCGACAGCAGUGGAAGAGAACAAAAUCCGCAGGGAUAUCAAGCCAGACUCUCUUUGUCUGCCCCGCCAGAGGCCCCCAGUGGAAGACAGCACGGACAUCAGGGACUUCAUCCAUCAGAGGCUGCAGGAGCACGACCUGGACCCCGCUGCCCCGCCCUACGACUCGCUGGCCACCUUCGCCUACGAGGGCGCAGGGUCACUAGCCGGGUCGCUCAGCUCCAUUGACUCGCUGGCCACUGAUGCUGACCAGGACUACGACUACCUGGCGGACUGGGGACCACGCUUCAAGGUCCUUGCUGGCAUGUUCGGUGAAGAAGAGAGCUACAACCCCGACAAAGUCACUUAGGGAGAGGUGGAGGCUAGGUGCAGAGGAGGAGAGAUUUUUUAACAGGAGCAACACAAGUAGACAUCAACGCGCAGACACACACACACAGGCUUUAUAAUGCAGGAUUCUUUUGACGAUCUGGUUUCUAGCAAGUGGCUAUAUUUAUCAUACUGUCAGUUUUGGUUUAUUCUGUCGACACAAGAUAAAUCCUAUAAUAUGUACUUGCUUUGUUUCGUUUUGUUAUUUCAGAAACACGCUGAGACAAGCUCAGGCCUAUUAAAUACAAUUUACUGACAUGACAACCUACAACGAAGAGAGCUAUGUGGCAUCACGGUGGAAGAGUGUUAGAUUUUUCUUAAUUCCACUAAAGUGCCUAUUGAAACUCUUAUCAUUUAAAGUGGUGUACCCUACACUCUGCUGUGAUGUGGUUGCAGGAUUCAGUGAUAAAGAGGAAUAAACAAAGACAUCUUCAAGGAGCAAUAGCACCCUGCUGACUCUUCUCAUUCCUUUUGAGACAAAAAGGAAACUCUGAACUCCAUCUUCUUAUAAUUCAAAGGUGUUUCUUUUUAAAACUGUAUGCCAAGACAUAUUUGCUUUUCCUACCCUUUCAGAAAAUUGAAAUAAAUGUGAUAAUAUCAAAUUAAAUAUGUAACCCAUGAAUUUGAAAAGCAAUGUCUGAUCGUAACAUAAGUUCAUAUUAAAGAAUGUUAAUUAAAAUAUUACUUUUUUUCCAAAAAAAUAAAAUUUUUAAAAAGAAAUGGAAAAAAUCCCUCUUUAUAAAGAGAGGCCUCAGGGCUCAAAUUCCACAUUAAAAUAAAUAUCGGUUUUGUUUUAUACUGUAGUGGUGUGUGGAAAUUGGUUUUAAAAAGUCACGAAAUCAUUCAAACUCUCAGUUGUAGAUAAAAUACCAGCUUAUAUUUCUAUGAAUAUUUUCAAAGGGAACUACAGUUAUUAAUUUAAAUAGAGAAAGAGCAAUUCAUUACAGUUUCUCGGAUUUUCUUACACUCUAGUGAUUCUUUGUUGGUCAAUGAAAAAAAUACAUAUCAAAUAACAGGCUAGAUGUACAACACAUCUCCAAAUAUUUUUUUAUGUUAUUGAACAAAUAAGUCAGGGACUUCAGAAUGUUAAAUCCAAUGACUAAAUCUUAAAAGGGACACAAAUGCAAAAUCAGGCAGCUGAUGCACUUACUAACAUGUACUUUGUGAAUGCCAUUCUAAUACUGCAGCUCAGAGUUACCUCUUUGCUAUCUCACAAACAACAAUCCUCAGAUUCAUCAUCCUUUACAACCUCCCUGUAAAUAGAUUUUCAAUUUGAUACAAGUUUCUAAGAAAUAUUCAAUUUAAUGAGCAUAUUAGUAAACUUCACUCAUGUUAAUUUCAACUGGAUUGUAUACUAUUUAGAAAUACACAUAACAGAUAUUAACUAAUUAAAGUUGUAUAUUUCUCAGUAUUAAACCUAUAAAUGUGUCUUCUCAAAGAUUAACACUAUGUAUAAUUAGAGAAUUAAAGUUGUUGUAGUUCCAUCUGAAAUCUAAGAUCAAUAUCUAACUAUAGUUUUAAAAUAUCUAUGAAUAUAUUUAACAUUUACAAGAUCAUAAAACCAAGAAUUCACAUAUGGGAAAAUCACGUGGAAAUAUGAAUAACCGGUAAAUUAUACUGAGCCAUAUGCACACACAAAUGCUUAUUUUAAAAUUAUCUAUUAUUGAUGCUAUGGCAAUGGGAUCCUUCAAAUCUGCAUUUCCCAUCUCUUUCCUCUUUCUACCAGUUGCAUAGUUUCCUUUUCUCCUUAGGAAUGACUGACGAACUUGCUUUCCUCUACUGAUCACCCAGUUUUUACUUCAGUCUCAUUCCUGAGAACUACAUUACAAUAUUCAUGUAGUAUAAUACUUUCUAAUAUAGUACACAUUGGUAAAUAUUUACAUACUUUUUUUAGGAAGCUUAUAAUAUCAUCAUCUUUCCCAAGAGAAAAAUUAAGAUAAUUUCUAGAUUUGCGCACACAACAUGAUUCGCUCUGUUAUGAAGAAAAACCUCCUGAAGAAGGUUAAUGUGCAAUAUCAUUCCCUUUUGAAAUGAUUAUUAUUGUCAGAAAUUAUUGCAUUUGACAUUUUAUAAAGGAAUGUCAUUGGAUCUACAUUCAACAGAAGCCAUGUGACAUGAAGAAAAUUGGGAGGGGUAGAUUAUGUGAAAACAUGUGACUAAAAUACUAAGCAAAAGUAUGAAACUGGUGGAUCUUAUUUUUAUCAUAUUAAUAAACUUUUAUUUUUAGGACAUCUAUCUCUUUUACAUUUUCAACACUAUUUGUGUGGUAAGGCUACUCUAACAAAAUAUCAAAGAUUGAAAUGCUUAACAAGAGGUGCUUUUCCUUACAGUUCUGGAGGGUUGGUUUCUUCUGAGGCCUUUCUCUUUGCUUUAGGAUAAAUCCUUUGUUCUGUGUUUUUACAUGGUCUUCACUCUGUGUUUAUGUUUUUAUUUAUUUUUUUAAAAGAACCUGCUGAAUAUUAGAUUAGGUCUUAGUCAUGUAACCUCGUUUUUUACCUUACUCAUCUCUUCUAAGUCCCUAUCUUUGAAUGCAGUCACAAAGACAAAUUAGGAGAUAGAAUUUCAGCAUAGGGAUUUGGCAUACAACAACAAUACAGAUAUUCACAGCAAACUUUUUUUUUAACCAAAAAAGCAUUUGAUUUGUAAUAGCCAACCACCCAAUUAUGUGAAAAGAAAGUGAAGGAAAUAAUCUUCAUUACAAUGGGAAACUAGAAAAAUCGAUAUGGGGAAAGAGAUCUGUUAGUAUUAACUAAUUAGAAGUGUUACAGAAUACUUUUUAUGCUAUGACAAAAAAAAGAUCUAAUAUAUCAAUAUUUUUAUUUUAAAAUAUUUUUUAGUUGUAGAUGGACACAAUAACUUUAUUUUUAAAGUAUUUUUAUGUGCUGCUGAAUAUAGAACCCAGUACCUCACAUGUAGCAGGCAAGCACUCUCCCACUGAACUAGAAACCCAGUCAAUUUUUUUAAAAUUUAUAUUAACAAUUACAAAACUUCAUUCAAGCAUUAAGCAAUAUAAAACUAUCAAGAAUUUAUAUU